AAUCCUUCGUUUUCAUUCACUGCCAGUUUGUUAAAAUUCCAAAUCGGGUAAUAUCAAUACGAAAUUUCAAGUUUUCUAAUGGAUCGUCACCAUCCUCGCUCUCCCGGUCAAUUACGUGACACGCGAUCCACCCAUCUCGAGGAGGAUACUCAACUGAUCAUUGAAGUGUCAGGCGAUGGCAGAAUUGAGAUCAUUUCCGAGAGAAAACGUCUCCUAUCGGACAUAAAUCAAAGUAUGAAUAUAGAGCGAAAUAUAAUUUAUUCCACGCUGCAUCCAGCUAUGUAUGAUCAUGUCUCCUAUCGACGCGAUCAGCAUGAGUCAGAUUCCGAGCUUAGUUUCACCACGGAGAGUCCCGCCUCGGAAGCUAGCGAAUCGAUGAUAUUGGUUACGGAGGAAGAGAUGAACCUGGAAGAUGAGCGUGAUGGUGCGACAUUUUCCGUACCAGUGAUAGAGUUACCGGGUGAGCAUGAGAACAAUCAAACCAUUUCGAUUUUUGGAAAAGUUCAGGGUCGUGCCGUCGGAGCGGUGGUGGAUCCAAGCACAACGGUUCUUAUGCAGAUGUCCUCCAGUGAUGCGGUGGGAUAUCAGCUCAUGGCGGAAUGCUUGCGGGUGGUCAAUGAAAUGAUGGAGAACGAGGAGAGUAUGGUUGUCCUGGCUCCUCGCGAGGACGGUACCUUCAGUUCAAAACAAGCUAUCACGGAUCAGAAGGAAACAACUAAACAUAUGGUCGAGAUGGCAGAGGAUGUUCUAGAGAGAGUACAAGGUUACUCGAGGGAAUCAAUAUUGAUAAAACUUCAAACGACACUAGGGGAGAUUUUGAACCAAUCGGAGGAUACGAUCGUUGUUCAUUCACAAUCGAGAAAGCACCCGGCAGAGUCGGAUGCUGGAACAGAAACGAUUGUAGGAUUUUAUCGAGACGGCGAUGAAACCGCACUCUUGGUACAGCCUGUAAAUUCCAUUGAUCUAAUUAACCAAAGCGUAUCAAGCAGUAGCGAAGGUAAACGCGUUUCUUUGGAUAUUAUAGAAGGUUUUCUGAAAGAUUCACUGAUUAGCCAGGAGAAUAUUAUUGAGCAGACGUUAUUGACCGAUCCCCUUGUUACGGCGUUUCAAUCAGGCGAGCGAAUCGUUAGCGUGUUUAGCUUCCCAAAUACGUCCUCUGGUGUGUUUAUAACCGGUUCCAAAAAUAUCUCGGAAAUGGUUGAUGAAACGGCAAUAACACAAUCACUGAUGGAUCAGUUUCGGAAACUGGUUCGGAAAUCUAGUGAGAAACUAUUAGUGCAAACACAUUCAGACGCGGAGCGAAGUAGCAUCAUAGAACAGAUAAAACAAGAGCUUGAACGGUCUUUGGAAAGUAAAGAUGCCGAGUGCUCUACAGAAUUCAGCGUCCGGCAGAGCGACGACAAAGUUAUUGGAGUGCUGCAAUACAGUGAAGGUUCCAUCGUGAUCCAAACCGCAAGCAAAAACUGGAUCAAACCCAAGUUCCACGCAAGCCCUAUCGAUCUUAUAUCAAAUCUUCGAAUGGUUAUCUGUCAAUUUCAUUUAAACAAUGCUUUAGGCGAUGAAGAUCUGAAAUGCCUAGCAACAACAAUUGCCCAAGUGUUUCACAGCAGACAGAUAGAGCUAUCUGAAGAAUUUCUAGGCAAACCGGUGCUCGAAAAGCUUCGUUUUAUAACACAGCAACUAGUGAAACCAUCCGAGGAUGAAGAUCAUCUCAUCAUAAUCAACCAAAUUCGAGAAACUCUUGAAGAUAUCGCUAGAUGUGACAUGACAGGAAUCCGUGCGAAAGAUUAUAGGCCAUGGGAUGUUCUAAAAACAUUUUUUGAAGGAUUGAUUUUUGAUGAAGAUAUCGAAUCCGAUAGCGAAUCUGUAAUAUACGCUUUGCGUGAUGGUCUUCUUGAAAUACUUAUAAAGCACCAAAUGUCCCCUUCGCAUGCUUUAGAGGAUUUCGUUGAAUUACUCAAAAUUAUUCCCACUAGUGAAGGAAACAUUCGCCUGAUCACCUCUGAAAGUAGCUGUUCCGGAGAUCCAACGUUAACGCGCUCGUCUCAAAGUAAAUCACAAAUCGCAGAGCAGGGAGCCACUCCGGUGGAAGUCAUCCAGGAAGUACACGAUCUCUCACGAAAAGAUGAGCCCGCUGAAAACCGCACUGUUUCUUUCAUCACCUUAUUCCAAGCAUUUUUACUAACCCUCCUCAGAUUCAUCGGUAGUUGGGCUUCCAAGCUGAUGCCAUUUCUUGACAGGGGGCCUGAGGAGACUGUCCAACCCGAGCGAUCGCGCUCGCGAUCGCUGAGUAAGAAACCAUCCGUAUCGUUUCAUUUGCUGCCGGAAGACAAGACACCAUCGAAUAUUUCCACCCAAAUGAACGCGGAGCGACGAAAUCUGAACGAUGUCAUCGAUGAGUUUCGUAAGCAUUUGGAAAGUACGUUGGGUAUCGCAAUUCCAAAGGCAGAUGUCCCGAAUUACUCAUUCGUCGAGUCUGAGCUAUCCGAGGAUUUAACCGGGAACAAGACUAGGAUGUUAGUUUUCUUGGUAAAACUAUUGAAAGAAUCUGGCAAGUUCAGAAAGGUAAACUAUUCUGACAACGCAGUUCAUUUCGAACUGGAAUCGGUUUUGGGUGAUUACGUGUGGAACGAAAACGAUGGAUAUGCUACGCUGAGUGGAAAUAUCUGCGACCGAGAAGAAAGUCGUGGUUUCUUCUUCAACAUAAGAAUGGUUGACUUGGAGGCAAUUUCGGAUAUCGAGUCCGAAAUCGAGUGCAUCAAAGAGGUGCGAAAGUUGUCGGAUGAUGAUGAUCGUAUCGUGACUGAGUUGGUUCCGGAGAUUGUGGACUCCAUCGUGGCGGAAAUCGGAAGCGAUAUGGAGGAUGAGAUGAAGAGGUGUGAUGACGGCGUAGCAAUGAGGCUACAAGAAAGCUUCAGUAGAUACUUUGAGUUGGUUCGAAAUUGCAUACAGGAGUCCAUCGAACCGAUAAUGGAGGUGCUGACAGUCGUUGUGGAAAAGAUGACUACUGUUGGGAUGGAAAAGUUUCACGAAAUCCCAUCCAGUUUGAUUCCGACAAGCAGCCCUGUUGAUGGUGACUAUGCUGUCGAACUACGGGAGGACAGUUGCGAAGUUCUGGAAAAUAAAAUAGCAGAAGAAGUUGAAUAUUGUAGCAAGGCCAUUCAAUGCAGAUCGGACUUCGAAGACUUCCAUAGUUCGGAAAUUGAAAGGAGUAGUUUGCAAAAAUCGGACAUGCUUUCUUUGAUUUUGAACGAUUUGGAUGAGAUCAAACGACAACUGAAAGUGAUGGCUGGCAUGCACCAACCGACUCUGCGAUCAUCCGGCACUGGGACCGAGGAGCAUUACGAUGAGAAAGAUUUGUCCUCUGCUAACUUGAUUCCCUCAAGUGCACCGGCGCCGGAGGCCUUCGAGAGCAUUGUUACGUUGACUAAUUUAGAAGAGGAACAGAAGAUGCUGUCGCGAGAAUCUGACGGAAGAGACGAGAUAGAACAAUUCAUCUCCGUCGAAGACUGUCGUGAUAUUUUCGGAACUGAGCAAAUUGAGACUAAACGAUUGCAUGAGUCAAUACUUGAGUAUUUCAAUCAGGAUUCUCCUGACCUGAGUGUGUCGAUUGAGAUAUAUGAUGAACCAUGUAGUCUUCCGCUUGUGUCGGUUUCUAGCGUUGACGUUUCAGACGCAGAUAGGCCGAACAUAGCCAUAUCAGAGGAACCAGACAUUGGAAGUAUUCCUUGUGUACAAGAUCAGGAAAUCAUCCAGCAUGAUGUAGUUUCUAUACAUGAAUUUGCGACUCGGGAAUCCUUUGAAAAUUCAGACGAGAUUGAAAACUCAACUCGACAAGAGGAUGAAGUUCCUCAUAAUUCCCAAGAGAACAACAUACCAAUGGAGCAACAGCAGAGAUUGGAGGAUUCGCGCAGCUCAAAUGUGGAAAUUGAAAUGGUCCCUGAUGUUCAAAAGCUUCCAGAACCACCAAUUUCAGAACAUAUAAACAAUGAGCAGGACUUUUCAAACAUAUCGAGUGAUACUGGUCUAAAAGAAAUUCGUUCGUCUGAAGUUUCCGGAGAGUUAAUAAAUUUGUCAGACGGCACACUCGACGUGAAGAAAACCGAUUCAGAUCAAUCAAGAGAUACAGAUCCAGGAGAUAUUCAACUGAUUGAAAUUUCAGAAAUAUUGACAAAUGACCAGAAUGUAUUAUCAGAGAAACAACAAGACCAAACACUGGACUUGAAGGAAAUGGAUUCCGAAGAGACUGUCGUGGAAAAACAAUCUCUUGAGAAAGGCCCUUCGCCACCUAGCGAUUCAAUUGUUGUUCAAAACAAACAACGAGAACCGCUUCAACAGCGGAACCUGAAGAACUCGUCCAUAUCAGAGGGGAAAGCUUCAAUUCCCCAGAAAUCACGUCGGUUAUGUCAGCUAGCGCUAAGUUACCAAUGUCAAUAUGCUGACGCAACAAACGAAAAGUUUUCUUGUCCCGUGGAGAUCUACUCAUGUCAUCAGGUUGGACCGGACCAGCUCAUUAUCCACUGGAAGGUUGCUCCCCAAUUUCUCGAUCGAAUCGAUGGAUAUGAGAUAUAUGUAGACGGAGAACUGCGUUCCUCUUGCUUUUCUCGAAUGCGACGGACGGCGUUGAUAGAAGGAAUCAACAUUGCGAAGGAACAUCGGAUAGCUGUCUACUCCAAUCCCGAUCCUUCUGUUAACGAGCGCGUUCAGUGGGCACCAGGGAUUUUCUUCUAUCAUCUGUGAGCGAAACACAAAACAAACACAAUCCUUUGGAAUUAAAUUAUUCGACCAUUGUC